UGUUAUCACGUCCAGCUUGGCACUGCUUUCCGACAUGAGUUUAGUGGUUUGUGGAAUGUUUGGAAGCCUCGAAGUGGACGGGCUGCCUGUGAAAGUAGCCGUGUGCUGGUUUAAGCAGUCUUAAUAACUUCCUGACCGCCAUUAAGACCGCUGACCUACUCCGAAACGGCAGAAGAGGAUCUACGAAAACCGCUGGACGGUCAAUUUAAAGUCACGUCGGAACAAAAAGAAAGACAGCGAGUCGAGCAGUGGAUCCGGUGGCAUUCACGUUAUCAUUCAACACCAUCGAAACAGUUUUUUUCUUUCAGUAAGCUAGUUGCUUUUCAGUCAAAGCUAUAUGCUUCCGUUCUCGUCAUAUUGGAAAAAACCGUCAAAUGUGUCCUCCAAAAUGUCAUGAAUUCCAUGUGAUGGUGUGAGGAUGGGACAGGGUGGUGUUGGGAGUGACUGCAGCCCUGGAGGCUGAUGAACCCGCUCCAUUGGCCAGUCAGGAUGCACAUAGCUUCAGUGGGUGUCAGCAAAUUUUGCUUCCUGUUUUCCCUCGCUUUCUGCGGCCUCCUGCUUCUGCUCAUCCCUGCCCUCCAGCCCCCGGCGCGGCAGGUGGACCUGCCUCAGCCCCGACCCCAAGUCAGACCUGCAAAGGCAGGCCCAUCACACUAUGUUAGGGUUCCCGGAGCGUCUGUCGAUGCAGGGGAAACUGACUCUGCCACAGAGCCUAAUAUGAGCUCAGCAGGGCAGGGGAGAUCCACUGAGACUGAAGGUACCAGGAAUGAUAUCCAUAGUCCCAAGAGGGGGAUGGACUCCAAAAGGUCUAGGUCACGGGACCUGUUAGAGUUUAAGGACAUUUUCAUUGCAGUGAAGACUACCAGGAAGUACCACAAGUCCAGACUGGAGCUGCUGAUUCAGACCUGGGUUUCCCAAGCUAAAGAACAGACCUACAUAUUCACAGACGGUGAGGACAAGGAGCUGAGGAUGAGAACCGGAGCUAACAUCAUCAACACUAACUGCUCAGCAGCUCACACCCGGCAGGCUCUGUGCUGCAAGAUGUCUGUGGAGUACGAUAAAUUCAUCGAGUCUCAGAAGAAGUGGUUCUGCCAUGUGGAUGAUGAUAACUAUGUGAUCCUGCCCAGCCUGCUGCGGCUGCUCUCCUCCUACCACCACAGCCAGGAUGUCUACCUGGGCCGGCCCAGCCUGGAUCAUCCUAUAGAGGCUGCAGAGAGGGUCAAGAGUGAUGGAUCGGUUUCUGUCAAGUUCUGGUUUGCCACAGGUGGAGCAGGUUUCUGUAUCAGCAGAGGCCUGGCACUGAAAAUGAGCCCAUGGGCCAGUUUGGGGAAUUUCAUCAGCACAGCAGAGAGGAUCCGACUACCAGACGACUGCACCAUCGGCUACAUCAUCGAGGCGCUGCUGGAGGUGACCCUCACACACACACACCUCUUCCACUCUCACCUGGAGAACCUACAGAAGCUGCCCACGGACACGGUGCUGGAGCAGGUGACUCUCAGCUUCGGAGGCUUUAAAAACAGAAGAAAUGUGGUCAGCAUUGUUGGAGGCUUUUCACUGGCUGAGGACCCCACAAGGUUCAAGACGGUGCACUGCCUUCUGUAUCCAGAUACUAGCUGGUGUCCAAAACUCCAACAUCGCCACAUAAACUGAAAGACGCUGGGUUUUUACCCUGUAGCACUCAUACCUGCUAAACUUUUAUUCCACUGCCUCACCCUGCCACGAUUGGCAGUUGGGUUCAGCUGGAAAAAUAUGCCAUGUCACGUGUCAUUUGGUGGAUGCCUGAUGCAGCCUUACCUCAUGCUCCAUGAAUGCAGUGCUAGUUGUUUUUGUUACCCCUCAGAGGCAGAGCUAUUCAACAGGCAAAAUGUAUAUAACUCCUGAACUCAAUCUAAAUAGGUGGAACCAAAGAAUGAUUUGUUUCUGGCUACCGGAGCAUGUGUGUGGGUAAAGCCACUAGUGGCCAGAGCCGUAUUACCCCCAAAAGUAAAUUAGCUUUUGAGAGUUGACUAUAAACACUAACCUAAAUGUUCUUUAACAGAGAUACACAGCAGUCUCCUAGAUAGUUCACCAAAUUGUAAGUUCAUGUCACAGCCAUCAGGUAGAAAUGUUUCAACUUAAUUCAUGAGAAAAUCUUUUUUUCCAAAGUUUGAUAAGCUUCCUUAGCUUGGUCAUCGCUAUCAAGAAGACUCCAGCUAAGCUGUGAGAGCAUGCCACAUUCAUGUUAUAUGGUUUAGUCAGCAAAAUGGGGGAAAAAGUGGGCAUGUCCUCUUCCUAUUUUUAAUAGUUUAUUUGAUUUUACCAAGGCACGCAAUUGCAGUUAAAUAAUGGGAGGGUUUUCCAUUUGUACGCUUCUGUCGACAUCUGCAGCACAAGAGUCCUAGCAUAGGCUUUGCCACUGUAGUUCGGAUCCAACACUGCACCCUAGUUGCUGAAUUGGCCCAAUGUCAAAAACAGCUUUUUUUGCCUCCCCUAUUGUGUAUGUGGUGUGUUGUGACGGCUGACUUUGAGGCUCACUGCAGUUGGACGUUUCUUAUCUCAAAGCUCUGCGGGACUUUUUGUGUGUUAAUGAUUCAACCAGGAGAAUUCCAUGCCCAUCUAAGUUGAAUAGGCAGCCACCUAAUGGUGUCUCCAUCUGGAACCUUGGCCACCCCACAUACUGUAUCCUAGCACAUGUGGUACUCCGCUGGUCAAGUCAACUCACAGUGGAUAGAGACAGGAAGUAGGCAAAAUGGAAGCCAGUACUUUAAAACCUAGCAAACUUGCUAAAUGUAGAUGUAAAUGCUUUUGAAGUUAACUUCUUCUUCGAGCUAGGCAAGCUAGUUAUCUUGAAGGAUAGGAACGUAUCUUAAUUCAACCCUCACAUGGCAUACAGUAUGUAUGUUGAAAGAGCAACGAGUCACUGUAAUUAUUCCUCCUCUCCAUAACUGCUGUGAACGUUAAUCAAGUGGGUAUCCUUGUUCUGGGAGUCCCAUGUGAGUUUAUUACAGGUGUUUGGUCACGUCAACAAACCUACAUGGGCUACCUGGAGGAGUGGCUCCACCACGGCUCAGCAGUAACGCUGUAGUAUAAAAUUCCAUCUUUGUGUUUCCACAGACAGAGUGCAGUGCAGUCUUUCAAUCAAAGAGUCUCUUCAUGGUCAGUAUAGACAGAUGAGUAAUGAUUACGGCCUUUUUGUAACAUACAUAUGGGUGUACAUAUGAGUGU